AUCAGUAGUUCAGUGAGUCAGACAGCCCUUCUCUCGGGUUCAGAUCUAGCUACUCACCGGGAAUAUUUCACACCACACAGCUACUUCAUACAGUAUCUCCUCUCUUGGGCUUCAAUGUUGUCCAAAAAGCUUCAGCGGACUAAUGCAAAAAAAACUGAAAAACAAUGGAUAAGCGAAACUGCAAACCUAUGAUACAAACACCUUUUUUUGCAUUUCACAUUAAUUGACGAGUAAAUAGGAUCUUUUUUUGCUUUUGCAGCGCAGUGCACAGAUCCUUUUCUGGAAUAUGCUUUCGUGAAAUCCGUCGGAUCAGUCCGGUAGCUAAUAUCAGUUUCAACUACUGUAGUUUGUAAGAAUGAGUGUGCAGUGGAUUCAUAAUCCGGUACCGGGAAGACACGGACACAAGCGCUUUGACACAGACGAGCCCGUGACCAGAUGUCCGCGGCUCAGCGAGCCUUCGGCUGAUGCUGGUCUCCUGGGUUCCUCGCCGGGAUCUCCGGUGAGCGGAGCGCCUCUGAGCGUCACCUCAGCCCAUCAGGGUCCCGCUCGCAUCGGCCAAUUCCUGCUAGUGCCCCUGACCGACCGACCGGGGGUGCACAGCGCUUUAGACAUGGACACAGGAGAGGAACUGCUCUGCAAGGUGUUUGAUAUGGGCCAAUAUCAGGAGAAAAUAAGAGCCUACAGCAUGCUGUCAAGUCAUAAGAACAUUGCACAGAUCAAAGACAUAGUUCUUGGGGAGUGCAAAGCCUAUGUAUUCCAGGAGAAGGAUUUUGGCGACAUGCACACCUUUGUAAAAAGCAACAAGAGGCUUCCUGAAGAUCUGGCUUCCAAGCUUUUCUACCAGGUGGUGUCUGCAGUGAACCACUGCCACCAGGUUGGCGUCGUUUUGGGGGACCUCAAGCUUCGCAAGUUUGUGUUCUCAGACGAGAAAAGGAGCCAUUUGAAAUUAGAGGGUCUGGAGGACUGCCAUAUUCUGUGCGGAGAGGACGACUUGAUGUUCGACACGCACGGCUGCCCUGCGUAUGUGAGUCCGGAGAUUUUAAAUGGCGGAGGGUGUUACUCAGGCAAGCAGGCGGAUGCGUGGAGCCUCGGCGUCAUGCUGUACACAAUUUUGGUGGGCCGCUACCCUUUCCACGACCCGGACCCCGCAACCCUUUUCUCUAAGAUUCGACGGGGCACAUAUUGCCUUCCCGAUGGGCUGUCUUUAAGGGCGCGCUGCCUACUUCGCAGUCUGCUCAGAAAGGACCCCAGCGAGAGACUGACCACCGCAGAGGUCCUCAUUCACCCAUGGUUCAAUGGCAACACGCUGGACACAGGAAAUGCAGAACAGGAAGUCAACCUCAGAGAACAGACAGUGCCCCAGAUAGAAAUGGAGCAGGGUGAGGAUCUUUUCUCCUGAGGAAACCAAUAUAGCUUGAAUAUGGACCAAAACUGUUUGUUAUCUUGGUGGGUUUUUUUAUUAGUUGGUUUAUUAUACAGAUUUUGUAAUAGAUUCAGAAGUAUACACUCACUCAAAGUACUGUAUCAUCUACGUCAGCUUUAAGGACAGUGCGCACAACAGCCAGUGUGUUUUGAAGUCGUUUGGUGCUAGUGAACCAUUCUUGUGCUGUAUGACGUGAAUGAGACUGGGCAUUAUGGGUCACCUAAUAAUGAGAGAAUGUGAGAAGUGAGAAUGUCAGCACGGUGACUAACCCUAUGGGCCAAACCUGUGGCUUCACUCUUAUACUGUCAAAACGAACCGUGCGGGUUGACUCACCCACUGGAUACUGCAGCACCAAAGGUACAAGUCUCCUUUGAUAGGAGGAGAAUGGAAUCACUCACAUACAUAUGGAGGACUAAAUUUGCCACUUAAAAAUAUAACGAAGGAAGGAAUAAAUUGAUAAUUGAUUUCUUCAUUUUCUUUUAGGUGGUACUUUUCUUAUUUGCGAUAGCCUAACCUAUACAUCUCUCAGAAAUGCCAAACUGUACAGAAGGGUCGUUCAAACGUUAAAUGUCAGUUAUUGACCCUUAAUACUCUGUGUCAUACAGAUUCUUAAAUUCAGUGAAUUUCCAAUAAAUGUUCAGGAUGAAUCUCAGGACAGAUACAAACAGUUACAGAUAGAUACAAAGUGUUCAUUCAUCCUGCUGUAUCUUGAUCUAUAAGCGUUCUAGUCACAGUUUCCUUACUUGAAUCCAAGUGAUCCUCAUAAAAGCAUGAGACUUCAGUAUGGCAGGCCAGUUCAUACUGCGGGUAAGAUAUAAGAUGACUCAACAGCUGGGCGUUGGUGUAAUGAAGAGGAAAGGGCUAUGAACCUCAGUAUGACUACGUAUGCGUAUCUUCACUCUCACUGUAAAGAAAAGAGAACAGUACUAUAAUAGCACUACUGUAAGAGUAGAGUGUCCUAGCUCUGUUUUCUACUUCCCUCGUGUUGGGGGUUGUAUGUUACCUCUGAAUCCAAGCAUAAUGGAGAUAUGCGACGUUUAUGGUUUCUGAAAGGCUCUUUAUAAGCAAAGGCUGGAGGGGAUGCAAAAUGUCUGUCUCAUGCAUGCAGCACAUGGGGAAAGCUGACACGAGUGCACAGAGUUCAUAUUGCACUGUGAAUUAUGUAUUUGUGACACAAACCCCAAGGCUUGACCAUGAGGGUUUAACAGUUAAAAUUCAUUGUACAAAUGAGUAUGUGUAAAUAUGUACAUGUUAAGUGUGUGAACAAAAUUGAAUAAAAAUUACUCUCUUAUUUA